GUUUCCUCCAUUCCUAUGUUCUUAUGUUCUUAUAUCAAGGGUAGCCUUAUUUGUAUUCACUUCACAGAAAAUGGGAAGACUUACAUAACACAUAUAACUGCUCUCACAACGUCGACUGAUACUAAAUGAAUACAUAAUACAAGUCUUAACACCACGAAAAUACAUAAGCUUAUGUAACAAUCUGUAAUAGAUGCGUUCAUUUCUGUUUCUUAGUUUUCACAACAAAACCCAAAUAUUCAAUUAGUUUACCCGGCGCCUCACAUCAGCCAGCAGCAGAUCGUCCCUCUACAAACCUCAUUGGAUGUUAGCUUCUGCAUUCAUUCACGCCCUGCUGCUUCCUUCUUGCCCAUGUUCUUUACCACUGUUUAAAUUUGUGGUUCUUUAUAAUUAUGUGUAUUUGGCAGCAGUUAACUAUUUUUCUUCUAAUUUAUCAGGUGCAGAGCCUGGUGAGAACUUCAGCUCGGAGUUGGCAAAGAUCAGAGUUGAGGCGCAAGUGCUUAGCGGCAGCAGAGUCACGACACACUACAGUCUAGUGGCCAAGUUUCUGCUUGGUAAUGAGUUCAGGCAGGAAAGCUACAAGCACGGCAAGGCUCACCUGCGGGAACUUCUGAUAUACUCUGAUGUAAUUCCUGAAAUAAAUGAUUUUCAGUCAAAGAUCGCCGAGGAUAAGUAUCGAAUACAUAUUCCUAAGUUCAUAUAUGGCAAAUGUACCAAAGAUGAGUAUGUGUUAGUAAUGGAGGAUCUCAGCCCAGCUGGCUAUGUGAAUGAGGACAAGCGCCAGGGUCUCGAUCUACAUCAUCUCCUUUAUGCUGUUCACCGCCUAGCCACACUACAUGCUGUCUCUUAUGCCUAUGGCAAGACUCAUAACUUUAUGGAGAAAUACCCAUCGUUCGUUCUCGAUAAGAAUUUUUAUGCACCUCUUGCAUCAUUUAUAAGUGUCAUCUAUGAUGGUGGAAUGAAACUGGUGGAACAAAAACAAAACGAAGAAUUGUUUAAGAAAAUGAAAAUGAAUAAGACAUCUCUCAUAAAUUCGUAUAUCUCUUCAUACAGGAAAUACGACGCUCAAGAUAUCGUGUGCCUCGUUCACGGUGAUUUCUGGACUAACAACAUGAUGUUCAAGCAUAAAGAAUCUGAGUGUGGGGGAGAGGCAGCCAUAGAGGGUUUCCAGUUUAUCGACUGGGGGAAUGUUCAGUGGCACAACCCAGUGUAUGACCUGCAGUACGUAGUGCACAGCUCCACCACUUUCACCCUUCGUCAGGACCAUCUAGAGGAGAUUUUGCAGCACUAUUACUCCACUUUCAAUGUCGUCACCGCCAAGAUGGACGUCUCUGUGGUCAACUGGAGCUAUGAAGACUUCAAGAAUGAGUGGCGGAGGACGCUGUUAAGUGGUACACUCCUUGGUAUGAUGGUAACCAUGAUAACGCAAAGUGAGAUAGGUAAAACCUACCAGGAUACUUCAACUCUAUCUUCCGGAGUUGCGGCUAAGAUAAAAACUGGGAUAGCCAGGGUAAUAAUGCCUAUAUUUAUGCAGCCUUCUUUUCAGUUUUUCACAAGACGUGGCUUAAGCAUGGCCUUUGGCAAAUUUUUUCAGGAGAUGUUAUCUGAUACUAAUGAGCUCAUGACCUCUCGAGUUUAUGAACUGUUCACAAAUGCUAAUGAUAGUGGUGUUUUCGAUGCCUGAACACGAUAAUUUUGUUGAACUUGUCUCCUUGUACAGUGACAAUACGGUAUUCUACCAAAUAAAUGUAAGAAUGAGUAAUGAUUCCCCAUGAGUUCAACCCCUGGUUAACCAAACAGUAGUCAACUCAACUCCCACCCAACUAAACCACUGUCAACUAACCCCUAUCAACUCAACCACUCUUAACUCAUCCCUGAUUAACUCAACCGUGGUCAAUUCAACCCCUGUCAACUCAACCCCUGUCAUCUUAUCUCCUGUCAACUUAACACCUAUCAACUCAACUAUAAUGACUGUCUAUCAGACAAAGCUGUCCAGUCCAGAGAAACAACAACACAUGUAACUAGCAGAGCAGGCAUACACCUACAAUAAAGUCGACAUACCCAAAACGAAAUAAGAGAAGGACAUGACCCAUAAAAGGAUAGGAAGGGAUAAUGAGCUCUUUCCCUCUUGUUUAUGAAGAACUGGCUCAGUGACCCAGUAAAUCUAAUAAACACUGCCCUCCAGCAAGUAAUAAGUAGGGGGUGCGCUGGGAUGCGCCGGGACACACCCUACAGUGACACGAGGGAAGGAUUUGACCCAGUAAGGAACAGGAAAAGAUAAUGAGUCCUCGUCUUCAUGGUAAUCCUGAAAACCUACAUAAAUCCUGCUAACAACAAGAAGCCGGCCUCAUACUUAUCUCAGACUCCAUGCAAACUCCAUCCAGUAACACUCAGGCACGAAUCUCGACCCGAAAGGGGGAAGACCUGUCUCCCCCAGCUGUGAGCAAGGCUCGGCAGGUCCUAAGGCCCCACCAUGUUGAGUUUCCCACAGGGUAUAUGUGAGUCAUUAUCAGAGUGGCGAUCAUACAGGGAACUACUGUAGUGGGAAGUGUAUCUAUACCAUGUUUAUGUUUAGGGGUAAAUAUUCGGUCAUAACCAUAAAAUAAUCUGUGCUUUAGUAACGACAUAGUAUUGUCUUGUGAGCAUUAAUCAGCAGUGUUUAUUAAGUUAAGUUAACAAAUAAAUAUGUAUAUAGCA